CGCUCCCGGGCCCGGGCCCCUGCCAACCGCCGGGCUGAGGGCCGGGGCAGGAAUAGGGCUGUACAUGUGGGGGCGGAUGGGCCGCUCCCCCCGGCCCGGAUGGAGUGAAGAGAAGGGGAGAGCGGCCCAGUCCCCCACGCUCCCAGAAUGCCUCGGUGCAGCCGCUCUCUUUGUCCGCCUCUAUGGUUGGGGCACAUGCUCCGUGCGUGGGGUUGGCGCGGUCUCCUCCCGGCCUCGUCAGCAGACUGGGGCCUCCCGGCACCCCCGGCAUGGCCCCCCCCACAGGUAACGUUGUGGACAGCCAGUCCCCCAGGCUGCUGGCAAACCAGCUAAGAUGGGACCUGACUGCCGAACAGAUAGAAAACAUGGCUGCAGAGCUGACGGAGAGGACCAAGCUUGUGUACGACCGGGUGGGCUCUCAGGAGCAGGGGGAGGUGUCCUAUGAAAACACUCUCAAGCCACUGGCAGAUGUGGAAGUGGAAUAUACGGUCCGUCGGAACAUGCUGGACUUCCCCCAGCACGUCUCUCCUUGCAAAGACAUCCGUGCAGCGAGCACGGAGGCUGACAAGAAGCUCUCGGAGUUCGAUGUGGAGAUGAGCAUGAGGCAGGAUGUGUACCAGCGGAUUGUCUGGCUCCAGGAGAAAGCUGAGAGCGCUUCGCUGAAGCCUGAAGCAAAGAGAUAUCUGGAGAGGCUGAUCAAACUGGGUAAAAGAAAUGGUCUCCAUCUCCCUGAGGAAACACAGGAGAAAAUCAAAGCUAUUAAGAAAAAGCUGAGUGUCCUUUGCAUAGACUUCAACAAGAACCUCAACGAAGACACCACCUACUUGCCCUUCUCGAAGGAGGAACUAGGGGGGCUCCCUGAGGACUUCCUGAACUCCCUGGAGAAGACAGAGGAUGGCAGGCUGAAGGUCACCUUGAAAUACCCGCACUAUUUCCCUCUCCUGAAGAAGUGCUACGUGCCCGAGACGAGGCGGAAGGUGGAGGAAAUGUUUAACUCUAGGUGCAAAGAGGAGAAUUGCUUGAUCCUCAAGGAGCUGGUGGACUUGCGGGCUCAGAAAGCCAGUCUGCUGGGCUUCAGCACGCAUGCAGACUUUGUGCUGGAGAUGAACAUGGCUAAAAGCAGCAAGACAGUGGCUGCGUUCCUGGAUGAGCUGGCACAGAAGCUGAAACCCCUUGGAGAGAAGGAACGGGCUGUGAUCUUGGACCUGAAAAAGAAGGAGUGUGAGAAGCGUGGCCUGGAGUUUGACAACCGCAUCAAUGCCUGGGACAUGCGCUAUUACAUGAACCAGGUGGAGGAGACCAAGUACAGCGUGGACCAGAACCUGCUGAAGGAGUACUUCCCCAUGCAGGUGGUCACCACAGGCCUGCUAGCCAUUUACCAGGAGCUGCUGGGGCUCACUUUCCAUCUGGAAGAGAAGGCUCAGGUCUGGCAUGAGGACGUCCAGCUCUACACGGUGAAGGACACCUCCUCUGGGGAGACCAUCGGCAAAUUCUACCUGGACCUGUACCCACGGGAAGGGAAGUAUGGGCACGCUGCCUGCUUUGGCCUGCAGCCGGGCUGCCUCUUGCCGGAUUCCAGCCGGCAGAUCUCUGUGGCUGCCAUGGUGGCCAACUUCACCAAGCCCACGCCGGAUGCACCUUCCCUACUGCAGCAUGAUGAAGUGGAGACGUACUUCCAUGAAUUUGGGCAUGUCAUGCACCAGCUGUGCUCUCAGGCGGAGUUUGCCAUGUUCAGUGGGACGCACGUGGAGCGGGACUUUGUCGAGGCACCAUCACAGAUGCUGGAAAACUGGGUGUGGGAGAAGGAGCCACUGCUGCGCAUGUCCAGGCACUACAAAACUGGAAGCCCCAUCCCUGAUGAGCUGCUGGAGAAGCUCAUUAAAUCCCGGCAGGCAAACACAGGGCUCUUCAACUUGCGUCAGAUUGUCCUAGCCAAGGUGGACCAGGCGCUGCACACCCAGACAAAGGCUGACCCCGUGGAGGUGUUUGCCCGGCUAUGUGAAGAGGUGCUGGGCGUCCCUGCUACCCCAGGUACAAACAUGCCUGCUACGUUUGGCCACUUGGCCGGAGGCUACGAUGCCCAGUACUAUGGCUACCUCUGGAGCGAAGUGUACUCCAUGGAUAUGUUCUACACGCGCUUCAAGCAGGAGGGAAUCAUGAACUGUAAGGUGGGCAUGGAUUACAGGAAUUGCAUCCUGCAUCCUGGCGGUUCCCUGGAUGCUUCCGACAUGUUGAGGAAGUUCCUGGGCCGUGACCCCAAGCAGGACGCCUUCCUGGCCAGCAAAGGACUGAAGGUGGAGAGCAACUCGCUGCCUUCAGCCUGCUGAGAAACUGCUGCAGCCCGUUUUGAGUCAAGCCAGCUCCUUUGCCUACGCACCCGUCCCCUCAGGCCGAGCGACAGCCGGUACUUCUGUCACCAAUCUGUCACCAAACACAUCCUGGGCCAAUCCCUGCCUGGAGCUGUUCCUCCAGGAUCCUGCUCCGAGCUCACCCUGGGCUUCGGGAGCUGGGUUCGGCCCUGGUCCAGGGCUCUGCGGUGACAGCUCUGCGAAGGGACCUGAACGGCCUUUGCCACCCCACCCCCCCCGAGGGGGAUGGGGCUGUCGGGAGCCCACACAAAUUGGCUGAACUUUGAACCUGAUUUCUGCACCAGGGUGAGUUUCAGCCUCAUUUAUAGCCAGGGAGGAGAGGGAGAGGAGUUAUCAAUCUUGAGUCAUUGUUUUUAAAUCCCUUCUUUUUAAGAAACGAGACUUCCCACUGGGCUGGGCUUGUUUUGUGCCCCAGGGCAGACUUAACUGUUCUGAGCAUGAAACAAGUUGCGUUGGGAGUCAUGCUCUCCCUGUCUUUGGGCAGCUGGUGGCUGUGGAAUAAAGAUGGGGAGAUCCCAGAGCUUAAAAACCGUUGCAUUUACUGGAAUGUCCUGCCCUGAGUCCCUCAGACAUUCCUGCCUGGGCAGCGGGCCUGGGGGAGGGCAGAGAUGGCUCCUUGGGAGGUUGUGCCUUCCGCCAGGGACUGUCGGAGCUACUGGGACCCUGUGGCUGGGGCUGUCUUAGGGUGGCCGAUGCCUUCUGGGCUCAGGUCAUAGCAGCAGCGGGUGUGUUGCUAUUGCUGUCAUCUCUAAGCCAGGGUGGGACAGGGGAGGGCUUGUGCUUUAAGAAAAAAAAAAGCCAACAAACAACAAGCGGACAGCUUCAAACAACACGGAUGCCGGGGGAUAAAAAUACCGCGUGGGCUGUGUGCCAGGCCUUGAGCGGCUGGGCUCUGGGUGCAGUGCCGGGCUGGGGGACGGCAGCCAGCCCUUUGCCCAGCCUUGGGAGCAGCCAGGCUGGUGCCACCUGCCCACCCAGCUGUUCCCUUGUCCCCAAGAACCCUAAAACUGGUGCCUGCGUGGUGCAGGGCCAGUGUGGCAUGGCGUGCCUCCCUCCCUCUGCACUGAGCUGCCCUCCUGCCUGCUUGGGCACAUGGGUCAUGGGUUGGAGCUGCCUGAGGCGAGCACUGACCCCGAGGGCAAAGGCUCAUUUCUGGGUUUGCUAAAGGAGGCAUCGUGUGUGGGCUGGGAAAGGUUUUUAGCAGCGAGUGUGCAGGGCAGGCGGAAAGUUGGCUGCUUCCUCAGUAGCAGAGGGGAGCUGAGGACCUUUGGAAGGAGCUGCGAGCUCCCGCUGGCGUGAAGCAUUUGUGGCGAUGGGGUGCUGAGAGCAGAUCUCAUUUUCUGGUGUCCCACCCUACCUCCAGCCUCGGGCGCUUUGCGUGGUGCCCUUUGAGGGCUGGGGGAUCAGUCCCUGCAGCUCCUCUGUGGUUUGAGCACAUGGGGAGUGCCGGCGAGCGGCCGAGUGCCUGCGCUCACAGCCACCGUCCUGGCCCCAGCCAGGGCUGCGGGUGGGAGCUGCCGUCCCUCCCCAGGGUCUUGUGCUGCAGCUUCCUCCCUGGCUUGGGCUGUUCCCUUUGCUUCUCCUCUUCCCUGGGUCACAUCACCAGAGCGGCUCUGGGCCGCUGAUGAGAGCGUUGGAAGAAAGCUCGCCCCAAGUGCAGACUAAGUCAUUGCUGCCACCUCCCUCCCCCAAACCACCCCCCUGGUGACACAGAAAAGCCGGUGACACCUUCCCUCGCUGAUCCCCUCUUGUGCUGACCUGGGGACAGGUCCGUAAGCAGCGAAGCGGCUCCUUGGUGCUUGCUGGGGCCAUGUUGAGCAUCUUGUCUUUGUCCCCACCCUCUGUUUUAGGCAUAGAUGAGUGUCUGUCCCGGGUGCUGGCUGUGCAGGGCCAGGCGCUCUCGAGUUGACGCUGUGGUUGUUUUAAGUGUCAUGUUUUACUGAGCUUUCAGUGUUUUCUUUCAGACCUCUUCUCUCGAGGGAGAGAACUGAAGCUGAACAGGGAAACCACGCACUUUCCUCCCUUCCCAGGCCAUAGCUCACUCUGUUCCUCCCUCCUGUGACCCCUGCCACAGGUGGCACGGUGAGAGGUGCUGCCGGAGUAGCAUGGGGGAACCGGUGCCUCUCCAAGCGCUCCGUGCCUCGUGCACGGGUGAUUCCCAGGAGCAACCUUGGAGCUGCACCUUUUCCCUCAGCUCCUCGUCCCCAUCCCGUCCCAGGCUGGCAGGGAAGAGAGGCCCUUUUUGGGUUUGGGUUUUGUUUUUUGGGUUUUUUUUUUCCCCUCUGUUAACCUUUUCUAAGGGCAAACUGGUGUGUGUGUGUGUGCCGUUCAUAAUGGUCACGUUCCACCCUGCUUGUUUCAAUGACUGGAUUUUAGACUGUUCCUAGCACUAAUAAAGGUUUUCCUAAGCGGG